GCGUGGGCAGACACCCUCUGCCCUUUGUGUGUGUGUGGUGGGGAAUGGAACAGGCUCCCUGCCAUUGAGAAAUUCACCGGCGCUGCGGGCGUGAAUAACUUUCUCUGCUCACCCAACAGCUGACGAUGACUCCUCUUCCUCGGUGAAACUCCCACAGCGCCGCCGACCGAGUAGCGACGCUUCCUGGUUGCGAUCCGCAGCGGGACCCAUGUGCGACACCACCGACACGGAGAGACCGGGGCGCUAGGGGCGUGACAUUAGGGGCGUGCCCCGCGGCGGCUCUUUGCCUGGCACUCGGCUUCGCCCCUCCAGCGUGCCGGACAGCCCAGCCCCAGCCCCGAGCAUGGAGACGGGCCCCCUCCUCGCCCUGCCGCACGACAAAGCAGAGCUCCUGUCGGAGCUGCAGAGAGGGGCCCCGCCGCUGGAUUUCUGCCUAGAGCAGGGCCCCCGGCUGGCUAGACCCCAAGACGCUCUGGCUCUCAACGGGGAGGGCACCCAGCGAGUGCUCAGUGAGCCUGUCAUCUCCAAUCGGCAUGACUCGGAGGAGAUCGUCACCUACAUCUCGGAGAGCAUGACGGUGACAUCGGCUGAUGAGGAGAAGCUGCUGCUUCUCAACAAGAACACGGAGCUGCGGCGCAUCAACAAGGAGCUCAUGAAGCUAAAUCAGGAGUGGGACCAAAUUUACCAUACCACUACCCUGGGGCUGCAGCAGAAGAUGGGGGCCCUGCAGCAGGAGGUGGUUAUCCUCAAGCAGCAGACGGAGAGGCUCUCCAUGAAGCUUGAGCACGAACAGAACAAGAGGGAGUACUAUGAACAAACCCUCAUCCAGGAGCUCAAGAAGAACCAGCAUUUACAGGAGUACGUGAGGCAGCUAGAAGGCAGACAGCACCACGACAGGGAGAAGAGGACCUCGGCUGGCUCCGAAGUACUGGCAUCUGUGCCCUGGGAGGAAUUUGUAGAUGCCCAGUUCCCGCUUCCCAGAAAGAGCCUGAAGGAGAAUUCACCCAAAAAGCACGAAGAAGCCAGUCAGAAAGUGCAGGGGGGUGAGACCUAUAAGCCCAGGAAGUGCAAGCACUUGACCCAGACAGAAAUUUAUGAGGCGGAUUACAGGACGGAACACAAAGACCGGGAGCGAAUCAAAGCAGAGAAUGAGAAGCUACGGAAGAAGGAGGAGGAGAUGAGGCAGCAGAUGGCACUUCUGCAAGAGCAGCUUAAGAUCUUUGAGGAUGACUUCAGGAAGGAGCGGUCAGACAAGCAACUGCUUCAGCGCCUCCUGAAGAGCAAGGCCAGCCCCAAGGAGCCCAUCCUUGUUCAUCGCUGCAACAGCCAGGAGAGGCCAGUGGUAUCUGCCUUGCCUGCGCACUCCACUUCCUCCACAUCCAAGCGAGGCAACUGCAGCAAGCACUGUGAGAAGCACAGCCACAAGCAGGGGGAGUGUGCCAAGCACCACUUGCGGGAUGCUGAGGCAUAGGCAUCCCCAUUCAGCAGAGACUACUAGCAAGGAGAGACAUAUACAUCUUCCAGGCAGCACUUCUUAAGCUAACAUACAUGGUCUCUCCAGCAGUCACCUGCUGCUGGGUGCAUGUCUCCAGCCACAGGAACCAGCACUGCUCUCCUGCAGAGGCCAUCAGGAGCUGCUUUCAACACCAUAGAUGCUUUCAGCAGCCACACCUUCCAUUGGUUAUAGCUCAGACCAAUCAGGGCUUGAGGUUUCAGCAGCCCCAUAGAGCAGAAGCCCAAGCUAAUUUACUUGCUUCCUCCCUAUUUUUCUGAAAUAAGAAUGGAAGGUUUGUGCCUGGAUUGGAGCUCAUCUCUUAGAGCCAUCCAAGCAGCUUCACCUUGCUCCCGGGCAUCACCUGCUUAAAUCUACCUUGCAAGUAAUUCUGGGGCAGGGAAAGCUUGACAAGAAGCACGUACAUUGCCCCCCACAUCAAGAAGAGUGUUGAGAAUAAAAGGCCCUUGGACACAGGGGAUGGGAGUGGGGGUAAUGCUAGAGUCUGGAAAGGGUUCACCCCACCCUGCCUUGAGUCCUUAGCUGUAAGUCAUCCUAUAUUCUAGCAAUACCUCCCAGUGCAGCUGCUGCUCCAGCAAAGGGUUUCUCAGUGCUUCAAUUUCUCAAGGGAUUUCAGCAGCUCCCCACUCCAGCCUCAAACUCAGCCAGCAAGGACUGGGGCCAACUGUUACCUUUAUUUAUUUUAACCAAUCUCCUGGAUCCCAUAGAGUUGGUACUUUAUAUAAGUGAUUAAAAAUAAAUAAAAUAAAUACAAA